UCAUCUCUCUAAACCCAACCAGUCAGUAUCCCAAAAACACAAGAAGCGCUGGCGAUCUUCAAUGAAAUCCCCCUCUCUUCUCUUUUGCUUCCGCGCUCUCCAAACUGACUCCGUCUGCGCGUAAAAACUUCCAGCUCAACCUCCUUCAGCAUGAGCGGAGACAAACCAAACACCAUGGAUGUGCCACAUGACGCGGACCAGACUAACUGAAGACACCGCUCAAAGUUUACCCCCUUUAGAGACCCACCGUGAAACUGACUGAACAAACUUUGCGCGUGUUUUUUCCUGCUUGCUUCCUCUGAUUCCCACUUUUUACUUGUCGCCUGCCUGUUUCUGUUUUGGGAUUGCUUUGGAUUCCUGCGGUUGUUGUUUCUUUUAUAUGUUCAUCCGAGGAGACGUGUAGUUGUUUCGGGGGUGGUCUAUAAGGCUAUAAGGAAAGGUGACAUGCAGGUUCUCGGUUGGACCACAGUUCUCCUGUGCCAGUGGAUCCUACGGAAGGUCCAAGGGUUGGAGAAGCAGGUGGAGUUCUCAGACCUGGGCCCAGUGGGCUCGGUGAUGAAGACUCUUCCAUAUGGAAUGGGUGGAGGCACGGUGGGAGGAUCAACAGGGGGAGUGGUCAAGCCUCCGUACCAAACACGUAUCUUCUCCACCUCCAUUGACCAGACACCCAUGAAAUCCAAGCCACCCACCUACAGUUUCUUUAAUCCAUACGACCCGGCCCGGAACCAGACCCUGCUCCUGGACCAGACAGGAUACCGCUCCAAGCGCAAGCCCUCGCUUAAGACAGCCAUGAAGACCAAGAAGAUCUUCGGCUGGGGAGACUUCUACUUCAACGUCAAGACCAUGAAGUUCAGCUUGUUGGUGACGGGGAAGAUCGUGGACCACAUCAACGGGACGUUCACCGUUUACUUCCGCCACAACUCGUCCAGCCUGGGCAACGUGUCGGUCAGCAUCGUGCCGCCGACCAAAGUGGUGGAGUUUGAGGUCGUCCAGCAUCUGCACCCCCACACCCAGAACGUCCAGAUCCAGGAGACCCAUCAGUCCACCAUCGACCCGAAAGAGACAAAGACCUUUAACUGUCGGGUGGAGUACGAGAAAACCAACAGAUCAAAGAAGCCGAAACCCUGCCUGUACGAUCCGUCUCAGACCUGCUUCACAGAGCACACCCAGUCCCACGCUGCCUGGCUCUGUGCCAAACCCUUCAAGGUGAUCUGCAUCUUCAUCUCUUUCUUCAGCAUCGAUUACAAGCUGGUUCAAAAAGUGUGUCCGGACUACAACUUCCAAAGUGAGCACCCUUACUUAGGAUAAGUAAGUGAGACUGAACUGUAAAGAGAGGGGAAAAAAAGACAAUGUUAAUGAUGAUGAUUAUAAUGCUAAUGAUGGAAAUCAUAGUCAUAUUGAUUACGAUGAAGAAGCAGGGGACAUUUUUUUGCCUCUGAACUGCUGUGAAUUGUGGAUUUAAAUCAAGUAUAAUCAGAGUUAUGGAUGGUUAGGAUAUGGCUGAUUUCUCUGACUUAUUUUCCAACUUUGUAUUUGUUAACUUCUGUUUUUAUUUGCUUUUUUUUCUGUAAAUAAUGUACUCGACCUCAGCACACAUAUUGUUUUUAGUUAUUUGUUUCUCAGUGUUAUUACUUUUUUGCAGUUGGAAAAUUCGGUUGAAAACAGCUGGAAUCAGUGUUAUGCCCUCCGAAGUACAAGAGGAGCCUCUGAGGCGGCUGUGCUGCGCCAUCACUGUAUGGCAGACGUAAUGUUAUGGUAGACUGACUGUUAAUCAUCCUCUCAGCUCUACGUUUCCCCGGAUAUAAGAGAGUUAUAUGUAUGAGAAAUGCUAUGCUGGAAAUGCAUACAAUAUACUGUAUGAAAAAGCACAUUAAAAUCUCUUAAACUGUC